UUUCGUCUUGGAAAUUUGUUCUCGCUCGAGUCACUCGAACCAGAGGAUGCCCGUCAUACACAAUACAUUAACGCUUUUUGCAGAUUCUCCGACUUAUUUCAUAUCCAUUUUUUUUUAAUGUCUGACUGUAAAUGAUUAUCAAUUUCUUCCGAUUGGUGUACGCGUCAUAUAAGAAAAAUACGAACAUAAAGAAUUCACCUCCCGUGGGAAAACUGUGACAAUAAUGGAUAUAAUCAUGAUGAUUCAUGCAACGUUUUAUUCUCGUCAUACAAAGUUAAUAUACUUGGCUGUCAUUUUACAAAUUCUACUGUAUUGUAGAUUUGUUAAUGCAGCAAUGGAGACAAGAAUGGAGCAAUGCGUCCUGCCAUCUGAGGGUGGGGUCAAAGUAUGGAGUCUUUGCACCAAACAGAUGAUCGAUGCAUGUCAACCCGGCAUGUAUCAAUCGGAUAAUUGCUCCGUUACUCAAGCAUCGUGCAAGUCUUGUUCAAGGGGGUCGUUCACACCAGGCUGGAAUAAUUGUUCAAUUUGCUUUCAAUGUUCCACAUGUGAAUUUGGAAUAGAAGAAGAUUGUUCUGCUGACCGAGACACUCGAUGUAAACUUGUUCCUAAUGCGCCAGAGAAAAUACAAGGUACAUCUACCAGACCUUCACUACGUAUUGGAUCAAACUCGUCUGAAACAGAUUUUUUUGAAAGUCAAGACCCGAUGAAAUCAAUAUCUCUUAAGAAUGUUACUACCCCAGAUGGAGCAGAAUUUGCAUCAGGGUGCAAUUGUGGAAUUCAGUUUGAUGUAGCCCACGUUCCUGCUUAUAUUGUCUUAAUUCUGAUUGUCCUUGUUCUCUUACCCGGGAAUGUGUUAUAUAUCAGGGAUCGAAUGAGAAGACGAAAAGUUAAAUCCACAGCUAAUUGCAGACUGCGACAAGAAGAAGACACGCACGAAGCUGUCGCCCAUAAUGAAGAGAUACCCCUACGGUCCGAUGACAAUACCGUACAUGACAAAGAAGAUGAAAUGCAAGCUGGGUAAUGUGCGUACAGGGAGUGUUAUAUGAAGAUUUUUGUUAGUGAUUUCAAAAGAAAUAUGUUACAAGCUACUGGAAAUACUUGUUUUUGAUUGGCUAAGAGCAAGUUAGCAUGGAAAACACUGACAAAACUCCUCGUGAAAUGCUCGUAUAAGGUUGCACCUCAAUAUUGACAUUUAUGUGCACCUCGAUCCCUUCCCAGGAGACAGUGGCGUCAAUCUUCCGCAGCGGGCCCGGGGCAAAAUGCUGAAAUUUGUGCCCCCCCCCCGCGAUUUUGAUCGCUGAGGCAAGCGCUGAAAAUUCGCCCUCCUCAUUCUGGGGCCAUGGGCAAGUGCUGAAAUGGAUAACAACUUCCCAUACAGGAAAACAGUUUGAAGUUGAGUAAAAAUGAGUCAAUUGACUCAUUUUUAUUCAACUUAAAACUGUUUUCCUUGUGCUUUUUAUUUAGCUCUUUACCGUGUUUACCGCCCUUUGUAAUUUUUCCCAGGGCACCCCAAUCUGGGGAGGUGCAUGGACAAAUAGCAAUUGAUUGAACUGAUUUGAUCAAAUUCGAAUUCAAUUAAGUUCAACAAAACAAGUCCGAGACAGGUGUGUUUACAACUAAUAAAUAAAAAAAAAUACAUCAUCCACUAAAGUAUUACACACAAAACGUUAAUUUGCAAACAAUUACAUAAUUGUAUUUGCAAAUAUUGGAAGAGAAGAAAUUUAUCUACGUAGUUUUUGCAAAGUAUAGAAAAAAAUCGUUGAACUUUUGUAUUGCUAGCAGUUUCUGUUAUGGAGGUGUAGUUAAUUAUGAAGUCAAUAUAGGUGCUUAUACUUUCUAAUUCCUAGAUUCAACUGGCACAUCUAUCAUUCAUGUUUAUAAAUAUUUAAACCUUUUAAAGAAAUUAUAACAUGAAAUUUCGAUUAUGUAUGAACAUAUUAAAAAAUAACAGUACUACCAAACCAGAUCAUGAAGAUGCACAAGCAUGCAGUGGACAAUAAAUCGUUUAUGCAAUGUUGUUUCAGGUUUAGUGAUAUGUUUCGUUACGUUGUAAAUCGCGCAUAGCAGUAAGUUAUUACAGAUAUCAGUUUGGACAUUUUAAAAUUAUUUUUCAAUUUCAUUUACAUAUUUUAAUAUGUCCUCUUAAUCUUGAAAAAACGAAACGUUACAAUUUGAUGUGGAACCGUUUAUCUGACUUGUGUCGGAUAUGAAAUGACUUGUUGAACAUAUAGAGCUAUAUUUUUUCACGAACAACCCAAUAAAAAUCAAUGGUGCUUUGACUUGUAAAAUUUAGAUAUUAUGGACAACCCAUUGUAACAGUAUUAGUUGUCUACUUUUAUUGCAGAUUUUAUUUUGAAGGAAUAGCCUGUAUGUAUUGAUAGACACAUGUAUUUUUUAAAAUUAGGGUAAAACAAAUUUAUGUAAGAUAUUUAAUUGUUGAAGAGAAGACGUUUCUUUGUGUAUAAAAAAAUAAGUGACGAGCUAGAUUUAGAGCCAUUCGUAUGUCAACUUAUAAGGUAUAUAUACUGUGCUUAUAUAUAGUUGCACUGUAUGCGGGCGUAUAUUCCGUCUGGAAGCUAUCGCUUAUACGCCUCCUGUUAACAAAUCUGUUGUGUAUAUUUUUUAUGACAAAUUAUUUUGUAUAAUUUAGAUUGCAAAGAUUAUAUUUUGUUAAAAUUUAAGCAAAUAAAUGUUGUUUUUCAUGAUUUGAAUGAGGAAAAGGG